UCGCAGCAAGCGAGGGUGGUUCAGAUUCGCAGUCAAGUACAGUACUUCUCUGUGCACAUCAUUUACACUCUACCAAUAAUCAGUACUCGCAGCAUAAAAAUUUUAAGUAUGCUACAAAUUUAUGUACAAACUCGUCAAUACAGAGAUAUCUGAGUAUUAAAGCCAGUAGUUGAGUUUUUAGUUAUUGAUGAUUUUUUUGAAAUUUUAGUAUUGCAUGGUGCCAUGGUCAAUAACUCAAUAUAUAAGAGGUUCAGGAUCAACCUUCUUAUAUACUAAAACAAAAAGUUCUCUAGUAGAAUCAAGAUAUUGUAGCUAGCAAUGGUGAUGAAGGUGAAGACGAAGACGGAUGAUGAUAAUAUAAUCUCUGAAGAAUCGACGCCGGUGAGUCCACUGGGACAGUACCUCAACAGCUCAGCCUUGUCUCUUUCUCUCUACGCUGUUCUUGAAUUUCAGGUCCCCGUCAAUGACUUGCCGAUCUCUCUUGUCAGCGACAAGUUCUUACCCAUCAGCCCUCGCUUCUCUUCUGUUAUGGUUAGAGACGAGAAGAGCGGUGUAAAGAAAUGGAAGCCUGUUGAAGUGAACGUGAAUGAUCACUACUUUGUUCCGGAGUUUCCAGAAGGAUUAUCACCCGAAGAAUACGAAGAGUGUCUUUAUGAAUAUAUAUCCAAGAUUGCAAUGGAAGAGCUCCCGAGAAGCUUGCCCUUAUGGCAAAUCCACAAGUUUAACUAUCCCACAAGUAGUGGUGUGCAGGGGAGUGUGAUAUUUAAGCUGCACCAUUCACUUGGUGAUGGCUAUUCUCUUAUGGGAGCUCUUCUUUCUUGUCUAGAGAGAGCGGAUAAUCCUUGUCUUCCUUUAACUCUUCCCUCUCGUCAAUCUAGCUCAAAAACCAGUGCUAAAAACUCGAAUGUUUCUUUCAUUCGAGCUGCUGCUCAGUUUCCAUCCAACCUCGUGACCAGUCUUUUGGAUUUUGGCCGGGGUAUCUUGAAGAGCAGUGUCAUGGAAGAUGAUAUGACCCCGAUAAGAUCGAAUCAUGCUGGUGGAGUAGAGUUCAGGCCACUGGCUAUAACAAAUAUGGCCUUUUCUCUUGAUCAGAUCAAGAAAAUCACUACAAACCUGAAAGUGACAAUAAAUGAUGUGAUGACCGGUGCAAUAUUACUAGGAGUUCGGAUGUACAUGGAAGCCGAGGACAAAAAAUCAGGCAAUGCUAAUGCAACCGCAUUGGCAUUGCUCAACACCAGGGACAUAGAUGGGUACAAGUCAGUUAGCGAGAUGCUUAAACCCAAGGCUAAAAUGCCCUGGGGCAACCAAUUUGCAUUUCUGCAUCUUCCGAUGCCCAAACUGACUGAUUCACAUGAUCCUCUGGAUUUCGUCUUCCAAACUCAAAGAACCAUCAAACGACUCAAGAACAACUAUGCUGUUUUUCUGAAUUCUCAGUUUUUAAACAUCUCCCGUAAACUCAUAGGUCCUGAGGCAACUUCUAAAUUCCUUUACAGCACUCUGAAGAACUCGAGCAUGUGUAUUAGCAAUAUGAUUGGACCGGUAGAGCAGAUGGCACUGGCUAAACAUCCUGUUCAAGGUCUCUACUUCGCAGCUUCAGGACUUCCAAAGAGUCUGGUGGUGACUCUACUAAGUUAUGUGGGAACGUUAAGAGCAACAAUUGCUGUGGAAAAAGGGUUCAUCGAUCCAGACAAGUUAAAGGUUUUUAUCCAGAAAGCUUUCGACAUCAUAUUCGAAGCUGCUGUUCCCCCUGGCUGUUGAGUCUUCCAUUUAUGUUUCUUAAUAAUUAGUAGCUCUGAUCAGCUCCAAAAGCACAAAUGUCGUUUUAUCAAUGUCGAAUUCUAGAUCAUAACUCAAUGCCAUCUAUCUUUGUUAUGACGAAAACAAAUAAAA